ACAAAUGAUGGGUGUGUCUGCUGCUGAGCUCCUUACUUUUUGAAGGCGUAUCUACUCCUCUUUAGCUGCUGCAGAUCAAUCUGUUUUGCUCAAGCUAAGUUGUAUUUUGCAGAAUAAAAACAGACCUUCAAAACUGAACAAAAGAUGCGCUGCAGCUUGGGGCCACGAGCCCCGCCCCUUUAUGGAGUGCAACAAGUCCUUGUGGCUGCACUGCUUUUUCUUUCUGUGUUAUGGCAUCCAACUAAUGCUGCUGUCACCUACGUCAGCCCAGUUCUCUUGACGGUCGAAAGGUCAACAGGUGUAACUGAGCCGCUUGUAGCCACUUCUGACAUACCUGGAGGCAAUAUCACUUACCAGCUUGAGUCAGUAAAUUUAUUGUCAGCAUCACCUUUUACCUCCAUCAAUGGAAGCAUGCUGAUAAUAAAUGCUGGUGUACCUCAAGCAACCUUUUUCGUAACGAUCAAGAUAACUGAUCCUGAAGAGACAAUUACUAAAACCGUUAUUGUAAUAGUGGUAGAGAAUGUAGUUGAUACUCCUCCUGUUUUCAGUCAAAACAGCUACACCUUUCAACUCGCAGAGAACGUGGACGACACCUAUGUCAUAGGGUCUCUCGGAGUCACUGAUGAAUCUGCUUCUCCGGAUAUUGUCAUUGGUACUGCAUUAUCUGAGACUGGAACUCGUGCCAUCGACCAGAUUUUCAGUUUUAGGAGCAACUCAGACAAUUUAAUUGUGCUGGAAUCUGAUGUUCUGGAUCGUGAAGCAAUUGAAAGAUACAUCUUCAAUGUGGUUGCUACUGAUGCUUUGUCUCAAAGUUCAACUGCUAUCGUCACCAUCAUUUUGACCGACGUCAAUGACCAGACUCCUGUGAUUACAAAUGCUGGAGAGAAUGUCACAAUUGCUCAGUCAGCAGAUAUUGAUACCCCACUGUUUGUAGCCAUGGCCUCGGACAACGAUGAGCCAAACACUCCCAACUCACAGGUCUCCUUUAGCAUUCUCAACUCCAGCUUCCCCUUCAUCAUUGAUCCUGUCAUGGGAAAUGCUUCAGUGAGCCAGUCCAUUGCUCAAUCGGGUUUGUACGAGGUUUUUGUUGAGGUAUCUGACCAGGGUGAACCUAAACUCACUUCAAUCGGAGUUUUCGAUGUUAUUGUGGCUCCUCCAAAUGCCAACAGCCCAGCUUUCCCAAUCGACUUUACUGCAACUUUCAAUGAAAAUGAUAAUUCAUCCGAUCCUGUUUACACUUUCACCGUAACCGAUGGCGAUGAAGGAGACGAGGGAAUGGUAACAAUCUCCCUCCUCCCAUCUCAGUACUCUGGUGACUUCCGACUUGAGCAAGAUGGAAACACCGGCCAGCUGUAUACAAACACUUUGUUUGAUCGAGAAACCACUAGUAACUUUUCUUUAUCAGUGAAAGCUGUUGACAAUGGUAACUCCUUGUUCCGAAGAACAUCUGAGGCAGAAUUGACGGUGAUAAUUCUCGAUAUAAAUGACAAUACUCCUAUAUUUGAGAAUGCUCCAUACGAAGUUUCUGUUCCUGAAGAUGCUCCACAAGGCUAUAACAUACUCCAAGUAUAUGCGAUGGACGCUGAUAUUGGAACUAACGCUGAAAUCAUGUUCAGCUUGAUUGAUGCUGCCAAUUUUGGAAUUGACGCUACCUCUGGAAACAUAACAGUACAGGGGCCACUUCAUCGAGCGACCACCCCCUUCUAUAUGAUUGAGAUUGUAGCUACCGACCAAGGCGCAGCUCCAAUGUACACUCAAACGUACAUCAACAUAACUGUCACUGAAGUCAAUGACAACAAUCCUGUAUUCGAUGUUGUUAUACCAACAAGUAUAACGAUUAAUGAGGACACAGCACUAGGCUACGAAUUUGUGGAAGUGAAUGCCACAGAUGCAGACACUGGCCCUGCUGGAAUGGUCGAUUUCUCUUUGGUCCAGACAGGCGAUGUAUUUGCUUUGCAAGGCGACAUUAUGGUGCUGAACAUGCUUGUGGACUAUGAGAGCACACCAAGUGAUGAGCUGGUUGUCACUAUACUGGCCAUUGACAGAGGGACUCCUCCACUCACAGCCUCUGCCACCAUCACUGUUAUCCUGAGUGACAUCAACGAUUUCACUCCUGAGUUUACUCAGCUCACUUACACGGCUACAGCUGUGUCCAAUGCCCCCGUGACAACCUCUCUGAUUCAGGUGGAGGCCUCGGAUCAAGAUGGGGUGGACAAUAUGAUCACUUACAGUAUCCUCACGGUUGAGAACAGUACCAAUAUCGAGUUCAGCAUUGAUGCUAACGGUGUGAUCAGAAACGAAGAAAUGUUUCCAAGUCUACAGCCAAAUGAGGAGCUAAACUACACUGUCACAGUGGUUGCUACCGACAAUGGCCUUCCAGAAAACUUCAACGCGACAGCCACAAUCACCGUAUUUGUGUACUCUCCAGACAAUUUCUUUAGUCCCGUAUUUGAUCAACCCAGCUAUUCUGGAGUGGUGAAUGAGAGCACAUCUGCUGGAUUUGAUGCGGUUUCCUUCACAGUGACUGAUGGAGAUCAGGUGGGGCCAGCUGCUGAGAUUGGCAGGAUCAUCCUUUCUGGAGUUGACGCAGAAUUUUUCGAGGCUGAAAUCACAGGGCCUAAUUCUGGCACGAUUAGCACCAAAGCUGUGUUUGAUCAUGAGGUGCGCAGUGAGUACUCGUUCUUUCUGGCAGUAGAGGACGAUGGCCGUACUGGCAAGAGGCUCAGCGAGACUGUCUCCGUGACAGUGAUUGUGGGCAACCUCAACGAUCAGCCUACUCUGUUCACUCAGGAUAUUUUCAAUUUCAAUGCAUCAGAGGGAAUACAGCCGGAAAUAUCAGUUGGCAUGGUGAUGGCCACUGAUGCGGACAAUCUUCCACCAAUCAUCUAUGGGUACAUUUCUCCCGCUACCCCAUUUGAUGUUGAUCCCAAUAGCGGAAGCAUAUUUCUGAGAAACGGAGAGUCUCUUGACCGCGAAAACAUGCCAAUCUAUCAGUUCACUGUGCAAGCUGCAGAGAUGGGUAAUACACAGGCUAUCGCCACAGCAACAGUCAUCGUCACUGUGUUGGAUACUAACGACAACCGUCCACAGUUUGAUCAACCUGGGUACUCGUUUAGCUUGCCCGAGAACUUGCCUGCAGGCACUUCUGUUGGCAGGGUGAUGGCCACUGACGAUGAUGAAGGAGACAAUGCAAAGAUUGUAUACUCCAUUGACACUGACGUACCAUUCGAAAUCAACAGCACCACUGGUGUGAUUAGCUCACUGGUGCCACUGGAUCGUGAAUCUAUCGCCGAGUAUCCAUUCAAUGCGAUUGCCACCGACCAAGGAAUGGUACCCAUGAGCACCACUAUUGAAGUUGUCGUGACAAUUACAGACGAGAAUGAUGAAGCACCGGUUUUUAUACCUACUCUUCCAGAUGUAGUACAAAUUCGAGAAACUGAAGAGCCUAUUUUCGAAAUUGGUUCUGUUCAAGCCACAGAUGCUGACGAGCCUAACACUCCAAAUUCUCAAAUACGAUAUUCCAUCACGGGCGGUAGUGGAGAGGGCGUGUUCAAUGUGAACCCAGAAACUGGCAACUUUACCCUAAUUGCAUCUCUCGAUUUUGAGAACACUUCUAGCUACGACCUCUAUGUGACUGCCACAGAUCAGGGAGCGGUCCCUCUCAAUACUACACUUGUAGUGAACAUCGCGGUAGUAGAUCAAAAUGAUAACAUACCCCUGUUUACUAGACAAACGUACGAGUUUAUGUUUGCCGAGGCUAAUGAGGUGGGUGCUUCCGUGGGGCAGGUAGAGGCACGAGAUCUUGAUCUUCAAGAGCAGACCAUUGGUUAUGCAAUAAUGUCCGGAUCCCCAUUCCUACCAUUUGAGAUUGAUUUGACCUCAGGUGUGAUAUUUGCAAAUGCUAGCAUCAACAGAGAGGAGCUUGUAAACUAUACGUCCCCUCAAUUCACACUCACUGUGGUUGCCUUUCAUCAAAACGAAGCGGAAAUUAUCACUGACAUCACAACUGUGCUUAUUGAUAUUCUGGAUGUUGACGAGUUUGGUGUAGUCAUUAACAGCUUUGAACUUGCACCAAUUGCCGAGAAUACUGCAGUUGGUACACGAAUUGGAAGCGUAGAUGCGACUGAUCGAGAUCCAACUAGCAUGCUUGUUUAUAUUCUCACUGUCGCACAAGACCUGCUCAGAAUAGAGGAAAAUGGAUACAUAUACAUAAACAACGUGAUUGACCUAGAAUCGCCAUCCCUCCGCACUUCUUCAUGUCCACCUGGCACAUCUCCGAACACCAGCUGUAUUCCUGUAGUUAUCACAGUUAUGGAUGCAACUAAUCCUGGUAUGACUGCAAACUCCUUCCGAUAUCUCAUGGUGUCAGAUGUUGAUGACGAGCCUCCAGUAUUGUCACGUGAUCUAUACACACUCAAUAUCAGUGAAGCCGUAUCCGUAGGCUAUCCACUCUCGAACUUGGACAUUGAGGCCUCAGAUCCUGACUAUAAUGUAGACUUGAUGUAUAGUAUAGCCCCUGACCAAGGUGUGACUGACUUCCGGAUUCAGCAAGCUAGCGGCCUGAUAACAGUUGCACGAGAAUUAGACUUUGAAAGUGCUCAAGAAUACCAAUUCACUAUCAUUGUGGAAGAUUCUCAAGGCAACGAAGACAAUGCCACCGUUGUCAUAUACAUUAUUGAUGUGAACGAUAACAAUCCUGAGUUUGAUCUCCCAGCGUACAAUACAACAAUUCCCGAGAAUUUCCCUGUCAAUGAUGUCGUGAUUGUUGUGCGAGCUACUGAUGCUGACAGCACCUCUAACCAAGAACUUACUUACCGUAUCGCCGGAGGUAAUACUAACGAAGCAUUUAGAAUUGACUCUGAAUUAGGUGUGAUUUCUCUCAAUAAUAGUCUUAAUCGUGAAAACAUUGGCUAUUACACUCUGACCGUUGUUGCAACUGAUGCCGGUACCAGUCCUCUCACGGGCACCACGUUUGUUAAUGUUACCAUCAGUGAUGUUAAUGACCACCCUCCUCAGUUCCUUCAAACCGAGUAUCGUGGUUUCAUUAUAGAGACAGCUGAACUAGGCGACUCUGUUCUCGAUUCUAGCGGACAGCCUCUGGCUAUUACGUACAACGAUCCCGAUGAAGGCGCUACGGUUUCGAUUAUGAUUUUCAACCAAGUCCCCUUCUCCAUUGACUCCACGACUGGGCUUGUGAUUGUGUCUGGACCGCUAGAUUUCGAGGAGACCUCUUCGUACAGAAUCACUCUAAGUAUCCAAGAUGAUCUAGGCCUCUAUGGAGCACCCACACGUCUCCUUAUAGAGCUUAAUGCGACCAAUGACCAUGCUCCAGAGUUUGACCAGCCUAGCUACUCGGUGACGAUUGCAGAGAACAGCCGAGAAGGUGAAGUAAUCCUGCAAGUUGAAUCAACAGAUCGAGAUGGUGCAGAAAUCAUCACCUACGAAAUAGUGACUGAUUUUAUCAAAGGAGAUAUUCUGCCAGCUGAUCCGUCCAGCGGAAUGCUUGAGUCUAGUGGCUAUCAACUGACGAAUGUCACCUUCCCUUUCCAGAUAGACAGUGCAACAGGAGAGUUGGUACUUUUGAGGGAGCUGGACUAUGAGGUGGCCCAGGAAUGGAGUUUCUCUAUCGUAGCCAGCGACCUUGGUGGACUACAAGCCACGGCAAGCGUUACGAUUACUGUCAUGGAUUUCAACGAUAAUGCACCAAGAUUUGCCGAGCAUGUGUUUGUAAUUACAAUUCCCGAAAACUUCACGGCCUCUAGUAUUGUACCUGCCUCCACUGCAAUAACCGCAACUGAUGCAGACUCUGUCAACCUUCUCUUUAUCCUUCUGAGCGGUGGCGAGACAUUGUUUGCAAUUGAUCGCAACACAGGUUACCUGUUUGUGACUGGCAGUCUGGAUGUGAGACGAGUCUACGAACUCCAGCUGCUUGUAUCAGACGGCAUGAAUGAAGACACAGCUGUGGCUCGUAUACAAGUGAUGGAUUUCAAUGAUAAUGCACCAAUAUUCUCUGAAGAUGCUUAUUUAGCGGACAUUCCAGAGUUUUCACCCCCAGGCACUUCUGUGCUACAAGUUUCAGCAGUGGACGCUGACGUUGGCCUCUUCUCACAAAUCUCUUACUCCCUUGUUGCCGGUGAAGAUGCAGAUGUAUUCUAUAUUGACGAGACUAGUGGUCAAAUAAUCACAGCAGCUGGUGCUAACUUCGACUACAACGUUCGCAAUGAGUUUCAGUUUCAAGUUGAAGCCCGAGACGGAGCAGACUCGCCCAGAACCACUCGAGUCAAUGUGAGAGUCAUUCUGGAAGAUGUGAACAACAAUCCACCCGUUUUCACUGAUGAUCCGUUCGUAGUUAACGUACCCGAGACCGCUCCCAUUGAGAGAUCAGUUUUCCAGAUAACGGCUACUGAUGCUGAUGUUGGAAGUAAUGCCCAGAUCUAUUAUAAAUUGGUGACUCAGAAUUCAAGUUUUACGGUGGAUGGGGAGACAGGAAUCGUACGUGUCGUCUCUGCACUAGACUUUGAUGAUCCAAAUGCUCCAAAGAUAAUCACCUUGGAUAUCUUUGCUAAUGACAGCGGCAACCCACCACUCAACACAACUGGGACAAUGGUUAUUAGUAUCACCGAUGAGAACGACAAUGCACCCAUUUUCGAAGCUCCGCUGAUUCAAAUCCUUAUCCCUGAGAAUGCAGAGAUUAACAAUCUUGCAUUUGUGAUUAAUGCCACCGAUCUAGACUCUGGGGUCAAUGGCGACGUUACGUAUGAUGUGCUGAGUAUUAUGCCUGAAGAUUGUUCAACUAGGUUUACAAUUAAUGAACUAUCUGGUGUAGUGAUACUGCGAGAACAAGUGGAUGCUGAGGAAACACGCGAAUCUUGCACGUUGGUUGUACGAGCAAUGGAUGCCGGAACACCCUCUCUCUCAACACAAACCACUUACGUUGUCAUAGUGACUGACAUUAACGAGUUCCCACCUGCCGUCGAUUCUACCACUCUGAUUGCUCAAAUCCCUGAGAACUCUCCAAAUGGAACAUUUGUAUUGCAAGUAGUGGCGACAGAUGAAGAUUUAAAUGGUAUCAUUUAUCGAGUACUUGAUGGAGACAUUGACUUUUUUGAUGUCACUGAGAGUGGUCUGAUUACCGUAGCUCAAGAUGUGGUCCUUGAUCGAGAGUAUAAGACGAUAUACAAUUUAACUUUGGAGAUCAGAGACGACGGUCUUCCAAUUAUGAGAACCACAGUGGACGUUGCUAUAUUUCUAGAGGAUGAAAACGACAACUCUCCGGUAUUUGUACGAUCGAACUUCAUCCAAUCCGUCCGAGAAAACCACACCCUUACCACUCCUCCCUUUUUGUUUGUGCUUGCCACCGAUAAUGAUAUCGAUCCAAACAAUCGUGUGCGAUACAUGUUCGUUGCUAAUGACGAUAACAAAACUGAUUAUGGUCUGUUUGGCAUUGAUAGUGUAAGUGGGGCCAUUUACCUCACAAACAAUCUGGACUAUGAGCAAGAGCCGAGAGUAUACCAUCUCCAAGUGGAGGCAACGGACGGCACCUUCACCGACGAAGCCCGAGUGAGUAUUCGCGUGCUCGAGUCCAACGAUAUUGCUCCUAUGUUUAUCACUCCUCCUGGCACCAUCCCUCUGGCUGAAGAUGCUGACGAUGGUGCAUUCGUGACUCAAGUAGAGGCCAUUGACAUGGAUCAGGGUGUUAACAGCAAGAUAACAUUCACGCUGGACGAUCCUUCUGGCAAGUUUACCAUACAUCCGGACACUGGCGUCAUCUCUGUCGUUGGUGAUGGUCAAUUCAACUUUGAGAGCAACGAUAGAGAGUAUGCUAUUCGCGCGAUUGCCACUGACAAUGCAGGAAUGGAGUCCAGCGGAGACAAUACUGCUGAAACGGGGAGUACAUUUGGACAUGCCCCUCUCGUUGACCCUAGCGAUCGUCCUCUCACCUCCACUCUCUCUCUAAUUAUCCAGAUUACUGAUGUGAACGACAAUGCACCUCGGUUUAUUGAGAAUAACUACGUAGUACUGAUUAUCGAGCACGAGCAGCUGCCUCUGUUGGUGGUGACUGUGCAAGCAACAGAUGCUGAUGAGCCUGGACAGAACAAUUCAAUUGUGGGAUACAGAAUAGUUGGAGAAGGGAGUGAUCGAUUCCAGAUUGACGCUGUUAGGGGAGAAAUUAGAACAAUUCCUCCAAUCGACAGCGAGACACAAGAUUUCUACGAACUUCAAGUCCAAGCGUACGACUUGGGAGAGCCUGAACAAGUUACCAACGUGACGGUGACAGUAUCUGUUGUUGAUACCAAUGACAACCGUCCCCUGUUCACACAAAGACGCUACAUUGGAGUCGUUGAUGAGAAUUCCGAUCAAGGGACUUCUGUUAUCACCGUUACUGCCAUUGACGCGGACAAUAUUGGAGCCACCCUCAAUUAUACCGUUCUUAAUGGGUCCAGAAACGAUUAUUUCGAUGUUGAACUGCAAACAGGAGUUAUAUUUACAACCAGUGGAGAACUUGAUCGAGAGACAAUGAGGGACCCUAUUCUGUUCAAUGUUCAAGCUACCGAUGCAGAUGGAUUUAUAGCUGUCACUGAAGUGCUUGUAUCAGUGGCUGAUGUGAACGAUGAAGAGCCAUCAUUUGAACAGGGAAUAUACUCGUUCAACAUCUCAGAAAAUACACCUAUAGGUCAAGUUUUUGGUCGAGUCACUGCAAUCGAUGCUGAUACUGGACCCAAUGCUAUCUCUGAGUACUUCUUUGAGAAUGGAAGGGACUUAUUUGACACUGUUCCCUUAGCUGGUGACUUGAUAGUGUCCUCCCCUCUCUGCUUCAGUGAUCCCCUUACUCAACUAUACUCUCUCGCUUACAUUGCUGAAGAUACGGGAAUGGACUACUUUAAUGAUACUACAACGGUUGAGGUGUCAGUGUAUAAAGAGAACAACUUUGCCCCUCAGUUUGUACAGCCUUCGUAUGUCAGCCGUGUCGAUGAAGAAGCGCCUGCAGGUACAGAGAUACUCUCAGAGCUCCGAACAACGGACCAGGAUAUCUGCUCUGGUCCUCCCGUGUUUGAAAUAGUAGCUGGAGAUUCUGCAAAUACUUUCGACAUAGAGCCAACCACAGGUCGCAUUUUUCUAAUGAGAUCCCUCACAACUGAUGAUUUAACAUUCACACUAACACUUCGAGCCACCGACACAAAUAAUAACAUUCUACCUAAUCUCUUGUCUGAGGUGACUCUCACUGUUCUGAUUGGUCAGUUGCUACCCAUCUCCAUGGUAGUGAGUAAUGGACUCACCGUGCCAACUAUCUCACGAUUCUCUACCGAAGAGUACCAGCAAGAUAUUUGGGUGGCGGAUGCUUCGGUUCUCACAAGCUCUCCAGAAGUUACCUAUAUUCUAGGAGACCUUAAGAUAACUGCUUCUAUUCCUGUGCAACCAGCUCCACCUGUUAGCGUUAGUGCUGUGAUACUCGAACAGAUUAUUUACCCAGACUUCCCUCGUGUAUUGGUCGGAAUUCAAGUGACAGGUGAAGGAUUUGAGAAAGCAUCAAUUUCACCAACCGAUUUCACUGUUCUGGUUGGGACAGAAAGUGAUACUUCAGGUUGCACUACGAUGUCUCCCACUGGUGGAUGUGUAGCUGUCAUUGAAUUACCACCAAGCUACUUUGUACAAGAUAACACAUUUGAGGUAUCAUACUCUGCCGACCUAGGUACUGGCAUUAUAGGUUCUGUGCAAACAGUGAGAGCCAAUGCCUUCCCAUUGUCAACUACUCUCCCAUGGAUACGAGUGGAACUACCCAACCGAUUGGUCUAUCCUGGCCAGGAGUUUGAUGUGACUGUGAGCGGACGUACAGAUAAGCAAGUCGAUUACUUCAGUAUCUCUUGUGAGAUCUCUGAUGGGCUUGAGUUUUCGGAGCUCGCCAGUUACACAAAUGGCUUUGUUGUUAACUAUGCCUCCAACAAUGGUGUAUUUACGCUGACUGGUUCGAACAACAAUCCACCUAGUGCAGAAUCCACUUUCAAUUUUGAUAUUGUUGUCAGCGUAUCUUUGGACAAGGAUGCCAGUGUGAAUGUGAGUUCACCUUUGAAUUUCAGCUGUAACGUGAACUCUCUGACCAACCGUGAUGGAGAAGCAGAGAUCUACAACUUUCCAGCCAUUCAUCUUGGACCCAGUGUGGAGGGAUCAUGUGACAUUGUCCUCGGUACCCCCAACACAGUAGUAUCUCUAUUCAACUAUGCAUCUUCCAGCACACUCAUCAACACUGCUGUCCUCAAUGGCGAGAUGGUUUCCAAGACUCUAGCGGUUCAGGGGAUUCUUGCCUCAGGCAUUGUCACUACAGAACUUGACAGCUUGUACUGUGAGAGCAUGAAUGAGAGAGUGUUGCAGGUUGCCGAGGACUGUUCUCGGGUCUAUGUGAAUGGAAAUGAGACGGAAGGUAGCGAGAGUGUGGGGGUUAGAGUAUCGGCUUCCUCAUUGGUGGACAUCGUGUAUUUUCGAGUCUGGUAUCCAUCUGACGUUCAACUUGUGCUGGGAGAGGAGGAGCUUAGUCCGAUAGCCAACCUCUUCCAAGAGCAGUGCGAACCAGCCUAUGAGUCCACUGGCAUUCAAGUUGAGGGCGUGUUCUCCUCUGGAGACGAUAGUCAAGUUGUUUACGUAACCGAGUUUGUUGCAAACAUCCUGCAGAGUUCUGAUAGCUCCGUCCUAAUGGUAGAAAAUAACCAAGACUCCUACGCAGUUCGAGUUAGGGGAGUGGCUGCAGGCUCCGCUAAUGUAUGGUUUGCUGAUGUAUCCGGCCAAAUCUACCAAUCGUCAGACAUUGUAAUUUCAAGCUCUAGUGUCACCAUUCAAGGGAUUAGCCUGAGUCUGCACUCUGACCUUGUCCCCCGCCCUCUGACCACUGUUCUUCCUGGAGUGCCAUCUCUUCAGAAUACAAUUGUUGCUUUGGUAGCAGAUUUCAAUCACCUUGAUGUUCAAGUGGACAUUCUUGCUGAAGCUGUGCUUAGCAACGGACGAAACUUUGAGCUGUCUGAGUCUUACGGACUCUCAUUCCGCUCUACUGACCGGGACGUGAUUCAAAUAGUGAACUCUGACAUCAUUGUACGAGGAACUGGAAUGGGACAAUUCCUAAUUGCCGAACUCGAUCAAACAAACUGCAACGUUAACAUUACAGUAUCAGAGUAUGUGGAAGUUGUAUUAAAUUCCAUUGAAUCCAUCCAGCUUAUAAUUACCAACACUACACUUUCGCUUGAGCCCCACUAUGGCAUUCUUAACAUUCCGUCGCAAACUACAUACGAGGUAGACCUGAUACAUCAAGAUGGCAUGCGAGUGCGAGUUACCAAUGACGACAGGCUCCUACUAACAGCUCCCGAUCUCCCUACAAUUGAGGGAGGUGUCCUGAGUACCGCUGACCUGAAUAUCAGCCAUGCUGGAUACCAUACUGUCACGGCUUUAUACAGCUAUGGUAGCUCAGAUUAUAUGGCAAGUGUCGAUGUGGAGAUUAUAGGAAUUCAGAGCAUAACACUGACAGCAGCUUCCUAUCCCACUCACUCCAUGUCCUCUGAAGACUUGGUGCUGGAGAAAUAUAAUAACACCGCCAUUUACCAAGAAGCUCAGUUGAUGGUUUCUGCAAUGCUAUCCAACGGAGGAAGCAUUGAUAUCUCAGAUAUCGAUUCUGUUGCGUUCAGUCUUGACAGUUCUAUUGCCAGCCUUAACGAUCGAGUGGUCACACCCACCACUCCCGGCAACCUGACUGUGACAGUCGAUUUGGGAGAACUCUCAGAUAACAUCAUCCUAACAAUCUCUGACGAAAUAAUCACAGCAACUAGCAUCCCUUCGUUUUCACUACCAACGACUGUUGAUGAUCUCCUACAAGGCACUCUUGGUGAAACCUUCUCCUCUUUAGUGACCGUGAUCUUCAGUGAUGGUGUAUAUCUACCCAACAUAGUAGCGUACAACAGACAGCUGGCAAUGGCUACUGUUCAGUUCUCUGCAAGCACAGACGCUAGUGUGAGUGUUGAUGAGGAUACUGGAGAAGUUACUUUACUCAGAAAUUCGCUUGAUGACAUUACCAUCAAUGCAACUCUAAGAAAUGGUGUUGUCGUUAGUGUACAAUUUAAUGCCGACCUAACUCCCGUGAUGGGACAGGUGGAUGUGACUGGUUUGUUGUAUGGCCACACUGCAGGUGACAAUGUCAGUGUAGUGCUCUACCUCAACAUUGGAGACCAACAGCUAGCUGCUCUUGAAGUUGAAAUUUACUUCAAUUCGAGUGACCUGCAGAUUGAUAGAGUUGCUGAUUCUAGUCUACCGACUGUCAUUCGAGGUAGAGAUGUACCAACCUCCUCCAUCCUCUCCACCAGCUAUACUGACACUGCGGGAAUGCUGAGAAUUGGUAUUCUUGUUACCGAGUCGAUUACAACCACCACCUUGCCACACAUAGCCACCGUACAGUUCACCGCUUUAACAUCUGAAGUUCCAUAUUUCUACCUCAUUGCCAACACUGUAGUGAACAGUGAAAUGGAGACUAUAGGAAGUACCACACCAAAAGUAUCGCAAACUUCUGUCUUCAACUUUGAUCCCUCGGACAUAAACCUCUCUUCUUCACCGCCCAGAUGCAAUGCGCCUCCUUGCUCUCCAGAGGAGUGCAUGACAAUCGCUGCAGGACCAGUGCCAGGGGAUACCAAUGCUGACUGUGUGUUUGACUUUUUGGAUGCGCUAUUCCUGCAACAAGUGAUUGCCGAGCUGGCGCUUCCAGAAAACGAUAUCAAUCUCACCCCCAGCCAGUUAGAAGCAGCUGACCCAGACAGAAAUGGAGAAAGCAACCCCUCAGAUGUGCAAUUCCUUAUCAAUGCUCGUCUGGGCAUAUACCCCAUAGUUAGUGAUCUUGUUAUUCGUUCCGUCGAUUCCGAAUUCGCUAAUUGUCAGCUCACAAUAAAUUUGACUCUCCAUGGCUACAAGGGACAAGUAGACGACACCAACUUUGUCUAUCUCGGUAUUUUCCACGGCAAUGCAGAGUUCCAGACACAGUUCGAUAGCACCACUUUUAGCAGCGGAGACAAACUGUCAACCAUCUCACUUCCAGUGGGUGCUUUUGGAGGGUGGAUACUACCGGAAUAUUUUGGGGAGGGUGUGUACGGACUACAGACUGUACCAGGUUUAAUUUCACAGACAGACAUCGGGCUAGUGAUCAUUUAUGGAAGCCUUGAUCCCGCGGGACUUCCCACCCAAGAAAGGACGUUGUUACUUAGGGGAACACCCACACUCCCUCCGGCGUACAGUUCACUCUCUACUGAAUUCAUGCCGCUAUCUGGCCAACCAUCUGUGAGUGUGCAACUGAACACCUUCAAUCCAACACAGUUCUUUGAUAACAGCUUCUCGGCCGAAUUGUGCUUCAAUAAUUUCAGCCCAGUGUUCAAUCCAAACUUGGGUUCUAUCAUUGUGACUACACAGAAUGAAGAUGUAACUGGAGUGCUUAGAGUAGUCAGUGCCACUGACAGGGAUUUCCCCCUCCCAGCAGGUCUAAUCCGCUUCAGCCUUAUGAAUGUCAACCCUCCAGGGGUUGUAGACAUCAACUCAACGUCGGGUGAAAUAUAUGUUGUGGGCAGGCUCGAUAGAGAAGAGUCUGCGACAAUUGCAGGCAUGGUGGUUGCUACUGAUCAAGGCCCGGAUGUGUUUACACGACGGAACGUCACACUUCCUUUGGUGAUACAGCUGGUGGAUAUUAACGAUAAUCAACCGCUCGCCGAACAGUCUCUGUACGAUAUUGGAGUUCUUGAAGAUGUUCCUCUCGUUGACGGAAUGUCACAGUCGGUGUUUGACUUUACUGGUAAUGAUCGAGACGCAACUGCCGACAAUAACGGACUCUCGGACACGCUCACUGUCCUACAAGAUGGUGUCAUCUCUACAGUGUUUGUGGCUAUACCUGGACCUAUUACAAGGGGAACCAGUGGCAGCAUUUUCACUGUUAGCCUCCAUCUCAUACAGAGUCUGGACCGCGAGACUAGAGACAGUUAUAACUUGUCAGUGAUCCUACAAGACAAUGCCAAUUUCGGUCCACUAACCUCGACUGUUGAGAUUCGAGUGAGGGUCUUGGAUGCAAACGACUUGCGGCCAGUCUUCAAUUCCCCAACUAGGAUUGGAAUUCGUGAGAAUAAUAUACUUGGAACUGUGCUUUUGGAAGUGGUAGCCGUGGACAAUGAUAUUGGUCCGAAUGCUCUAUUCAACUACACAAUUAAUAGCAUUUUCAUUGCUGAUGAUAUGGGAGCAGAAGGUCCGAAUCCAGAGUCAGCUUUAGAGUAUUUCUCUAUUGACCCUGUGACAGGAAUUCUGACUGCAACCCGUGUUCUAGACAGAGAAGGACCUCACAGUUUUAUCGUGACUCUACUUGCAGAAGAGAUCAAUAUUCCCGGAGUUAUCCCGGCCAGUCAUACCAUCUGGGUCAUGGUGUGUGAGGAAAAUGACAAUGCUCCAGUUUUCAACCAGACAUCCUAUAAUGCUGACAUAUCGGAGAAUUCUGAGCAGGACACUUUUGUAAUGCAGUUCACGGCAACUGAUAGUGAUCUUGGUUCAUUCUGUGACAAUCCUAUCGACGAAGAUAAUGCAAAUGAUAAUCAAUUCCUUUACAAUAUACUCACGGACGAUGCUCCAUUCUCAAUCGAUGAGUCCACUGGUAGUAUUUCUGUUAAUGGUACUCUGGAUUACGAGAGCAUUGCCAACUACACUAUUGUGGUCCAAACAACGGACUUUGGUGUUCCACCCCAAUCAUCUACAACAAACAUUACCAUUUUUGUCGUAGAUUUAAACGAUAAUUCACCAAUUCUCAGCAAUACCACAUACUAUAAUUUGGCAGUCGAGAACAGCUUCAUAUCUACUAUUGUGAUUGACUUCAUCUCUGCAACGGAUGCUGACAGCGGAGAUAAUGCGGAGAUUAGGUACAACUUGACAGGAAUUGGGAAUGAAGAUUUCAAAAUCAAUUCUAAUACUGGUGUGAUAGAAACAGUCGAAUCGCUGGACAGAGAAAGACAAUCACAAUAUUUCCUCACUGUAACAGCGUUUAAUCCUAAUAAUCCUGAUAGAAGCGACACUGCUCAGGUGAUCAUCGAUCUGAUUGACAUCAACGACACGCCUCCUGUCUUCUCGUCUCCUAUGUACAGAAUGGAUAUCAGUGAGAACCUACCAGUGGGAGGUCUGGCUAUAGAUGUGAAUGCUACUGAUUCGGAUGAAAAUGCCGAUCGAAAUAUUCGCUACUCUCUUCAAGAACCUCAUUCGCUAUUUGCUAUUGACCCAGUUUCUGGUGAGAUCCGUACAUUGGGCAGCCUCUGUACUAUGGAAGAUAUGGAGUACAACCUUGUGGUGGUAGCCGAGGACAACCCGGGAGCUCAGCUGCGUUUUACAACACCUGUCAACGUCACUCUCAAUGUCAGGGACGAUAACAGCAACGACCCAAUAUUUUCAAGACCGGAGUACGCUGCUGUAGUUCCAGACGGAAUUGAAUCUGGAAUGGAUAUUUUGAUUGUCACUGCAAGUGAUGAAGACAUUUGCUCACCUCCCUUCACAUACUCCAUCAUGAUGAGUGAGCCCAUUAAUAAUCGGUUUGUCAUUGACGGAGCUACUGGUAUGAUAACUACGAGUGCAGUCUUGAGAUCAACUGAUGCUGAAACCUACUUCAUCACCGUGCUUGCUACCGAUUCGGGAACCUCAAAUGUGCGUACCGGAACAGCCAUUGUUAUUGUCAACGUCGGAGAAACUGUGCCAGUUGAUUUCACCACCUCUAUUGGCUACAAGGUCAACAAUCCACUGAAAACAGCAGAAGAUGAUGACAUUAGCACAUUCCAGCAAGAUUUCAUCAACGUGUUUGGGAGCAGUGUUAAUUUCCGAGCUCAGUUUGGUGAUAUUUCUCAAUCAGCAGACAUUGAAGUGGAGCAACUUCCUGCCAGCAGGGCUAAUGCUGUCCUUCUCACUCCAGAGGUCUCUUACGACAGCAGAGUGGCCAAGAUUGCAUUGGGAAUCACGGAUAUGUUCGGGAGCAGUAGGGUUGAAGACGCUGAUGUGUUCAUGGAGAUUGAAUUUAACGCGAUGAACGUGACUUCUUAUGCAACUACAAUUUCUACCCGUGCAGUAGUGAGUAUUAAUAUUCCUCGACAAUGGUUCUCGUUUACCGCCUCAGAAACUCGCACAGUGAUAGUUAGGUACGGUGUUGUUGGCUACGCUGCAGUUGAACAGAUUACAACGAUCACCCUUGCACCAGAGCCCGAUUACAGAACGUUAUGUGCCACUUCCUCCACAACUCUCCUGGUUAUGCAAGUGCCCUCUUAUACUGUCUAUAAUGACCAAGUUAUCUCAGUUCCUAUCCUUGCUCAAAGGAGCAGUAGCUACUACAUGAGCUCAUUUUCUCUAACUUGCCAACUGGAAACUGGACUGCAGUUCGAAGAGGACGCGUUUGCCCAAACUUUAUGGGCCACUAGAGCGGAACUGAAUGAUGCAAAGACUGAAGCCAGUCUCACUGCGAACAGAAUUGGCGCUGUGCUAGAAGAAUUUGAAUACGAAGAAUUGGUGAGCCUUCAAAUAAGAGUAUCUGACAAUUCAAGGCCGUUGAGCAUAUCAUGUGAUUUGUUGGGAGCUGUGGACAGUAACGGAGAUUUUGAACAAUAUACAAACGUGCAAGUAGUCAAUCGAGACGGCUGUAGACCCAGCUCUGGCACCGUGAAUCCAGCGGAAGAUGUAAUUGUUGGUGCUCUGCAUGCAUCCAGACAGACUGCACUCAUCAAUGAUGCUGUUCUAUCAGGCCAACAGAGAUCAGUAUUCCCCACUGUGUUAUCUGUUGUAAUGGCAGCUGAGCCAAGAUUUGAAGGCCUACUGGCUCAAGGCACUGCUCGGGGCACUAUUCAAUGCUCAAGUGAAAAUGAUAACAUCGUUAAAGCAACAUCUAAUUGUGACGAAGUGUUUGUGGAUGGAUCAGAAUUCAUAGGCUCAAGGACUGUGAACAUUAUACUAUCAGCAACAUCUGUGCAAAGUGGACUGUCCAUCGGCAAUAAUGCCUUCCCAGUCAACCUUGAGUUCCAAGUUUGGUAUCCUGACCUACCCAUCGCAAUGAGCGUGCUAGACGCCACCCUCAGCCCAGUGGAAGGAUGGGUGACCGAUGCCUCUGGCAGCUGUGCGGACGCUUACCAAGAUACCGUAGUCGAAGCAAUCGCCACGUUCAGACGUAACCCACAAGAGAAUGGAGUGAGAGUGAAAGUAGAAGAUCUGCUUAGUAUCAGCUCAACAGCAUCUUCUGUUGCAAUACAAGGCACAACUGUUAUUGGAGUAGCACCUGGAGCAACAUUAGUGCAAGCUCGCAAUCCAAACAAUAACAAUAUAAUUGCUAAUUCCGUGGACGUCACUGUGAAUACAGACACUUUAAGACCAGUUGAGAUCGAUACAUCUGCAGCAAGUAGUUUCGAUAUAUCUACCCCAGUUUCAAUUCCAUACCUCGGCGGAAGUCCAUUCCAGGCCAAUAUCGAUUCCAGUCUAUCAUAUGUCAGUCAAUCGGCCAGCCUUGUUUCCACGGUAAUAUUUUCCGAUGCCAUAAGGCGACGAAUCACCAACGAGGUCAUGUACUCGUCCCUAAACUCCAGUGUGCUCAGUGUGAGUGGAAAUGAAGUCACUGUAUUGGCCCAACCUUCUGAGAACCUUAUCCAAGCAACAUGGCGAUCUGCUUGCGACGGAAGUAUUGUUCUAUCAAGGCCCGUGAAUCUGGAUAUUGAUUUGGUUGUACCUGUGAUUCGAGUUACGAUUAGCGAAACAGUGCUCAUUCAUUCGUCAGACCCUGCAGCAAUCUCCGGUGUUGUGAACGUACCAACUCAGUCAAGCGUGACCGUGCAGCUGGUGUAUUACAAGAACGGGCGAGAGCUAAGAUCAGUUGAUGUCACACAAGAUCCAAUGACUCGCUUUAUGUUUUCUCAAGACGAUAUUUUAUCCAUUGCACCAAAUGUUGUUGACAACACCAUGACGCUAACGGCAACUGCCUCCGGUGUAAGUGAUAGCAUCAACCUAACUGUUGGCUACCAGGCUUUGGAAGAAGCAAGCCCAAUCACCCUCUAUCUAGGCUACAGCACCUCCAUUGAUAUUGAGACUAGACAUUUCCCAGCCUUCAGCGGGUCGGAAAACAGAUCAGUGAGUGUUCUGAACAGAAUUGGAAAUACUGGUGUGUACCAGCGAGCACUGCUCAUCGCUAGCUUGAGCGUAGAGUUCCCUGAAGAAGCUGCCGUCCAAGACUCUUACGAUAUCACUUCCAGCCCUUCGUUGACAUACUCGUCCAAUGCAGCUGCCGCUGUCUCUCUUACUGGUGUUAUAAUGCCUCAGGCUGUUAGCACUGUCAGCGUAACCGCUACAUUCAUUAAUGCUAAUCUAGCUGAUAGUUACACUGUGAUUGUCACAGGUCAACGUAUCCCUGUCAACUCUGUUUCCGCUUCACUGUCGAAUGGUGAAGCCAUCAUUGGAACCAUUGGAGAGCUAGUCGAGACUACCAUUUCUGCCUCGGUUGGUUUUGCUGAUGGAACUAAACUGGACGAAGCGUUUAUACCAACUGGACAGGUCAUUCCAGGCCUCUUCGUAAUCACAAAUAACAAUCCAGAUAUCUUUGAUAUCGACCCGGCAACUAACCAGCUUACUAUCCUACAAUAUGCCCCUGGCCCUGUCAGCAUUACAUUUGCAGCUAAUCAAGACUUCACUUCCACUGAAAAUUUAUAUUUCUAUACAAAUCUUGAACCUCAGACAGGAGAACUUGAUGUUGGUACCACAAAUACUCGUCCUAUCUCACCCGUGGAGCAAGGAGAAACAUUUUAUGUACCUCUCAGAUUUAACAUUGACUUGAGUGGAACUGAAAUCAGUGCACUGGAAAUUGGUGUGUCUUAUAGUGAUGAUCUAGUUGAACUUAUUGACAUUUCUGCUGGUGAUUUCUGGACACCUGACAGUCGCUUUGAGUCUUCCCUGAGGGAAUUCCGUGGUUUUGUUUAUCUAGGAGGUCUCGUUAACGACCAACCUGCCACUUCCGGUAUUGCAAAUAUAGCGCAACUCUCAUUUAGAGCUCUCAGUGAUGCGUCUGGGCUGGCAGCAAUCAAUGCUCGAGUGAUCAAACUGCUGGACCGUAGCAAUCCUCCUCAAGACAUAUUCAACUCCUUGCCCAUCUCUCCCGCUGCCAGUGUAGGUGUGUUUGUCAACUCCACUGAGGAAGAAGGCACACUCCCAACACUCCAAGUGGAUGAAGCCAUGGAUGCCCUUCAGCCUACUGUUACUCCAUGCAGUGGUGGUGUGUCAGUGGAUGGUAUUGAGACUGGCGAUGUUAAUGGAGACUGCAUCUUUAACCUUGACGAUGUUCUAGCUUUCCAAGAUGGUGGAUGUGCCUCCUAUCCUGAUGUAGAUGCUGACUAUGAUGGACGAUGUGACAGCCAGAGAGAUCUGCUAUUCCUCCUCAGGGCCAGUUUUAGAAUUGUCCGCUUUGUACAGAGUAUUUCCGUGACUUCCGCUACCAAUGACGAUUGUUUCCUCACCAUUGAUGCUACUCUAUCUGGCCGAGGCUCUCCUGUUGCUAACGGUGCUCAGACCUCUCUCAUGAUUGGUCUAUUCCAUCGCAAUCCAGGCUUCCAACAAGAAGUUGACGCCACUACAAUUUCGCUGAAUUUUGGAAAUGUUAUCAGUUCAGGCGACUAUCCAUCCAGUUCAAGUGGUGGAUUCUUCGAAGCUGCUCCUCAAGAUACCUCGUCCAUUUCUUAUAGAACUGUGCUCAAAACUGCUAUCGCUCGAGAAGACGUCGGUCUCAUUCUAGUUCAAGCUCGUGUAGAUCCGUACGGCACUAUUUCUUCUGAUAAUAGAGCUGAGGUUAUAACUCGUUACAAUUCAAUUCCGUCUUACUUCCCAGAGCCAGUUUUCUCUGUUAUCGAGCGUCCAUCUGUUAACAUUCCGUUCAUGUUUGAAUUGGGCUUCAACCCUCUCAUGCUGUUCAACCAGACCUUCUCUUCUCUGAUAUGCAUCAAUGCUGGAAGACCAGUCUUUUUCCCCUUCACUACUGAAGUCGAAGUGUUUGAAAAUAUCACAAUGGGCAGUUUUGUCGCUCAAGUGUUCGCUAACGACAGUGAUGCUGGGCCUAACGCAGAAGUAAUGUAUUCGUUUGGCAAUGACUCUUCUUCCCUUCCAUUUGAUAUCAAUGCUACAACAGGAAUAGUAACUCUUGAUCUUGACUCAACCUUAGAUAGAGAGACUACUGAAAGCUACUUUGCUUCUCUUAAUGCAGUGGAUCGAGGUGUUCUCAGUGUUCUGUCAGGUGUGGGGGAGCUGGUUGUCACGGUGCUAGAUAUUAAUGAUAAUUCACCUGUUUUCGAUCAAGACCCCUUCCAAUUUUCCGGCAUACCAGAGGAUGCACCAAUGGAAACGUUUAUCGGCGCUGUGACUGUUAGUGAUGCUGAUAUAGGAGUGAAUGCUGAGAUAACCUUUAGUAUUUUAGAGCCAACAUUCCGUAUUGACAGCCAAACUGGAGAGAUAUUUUUGAUUGCCGGAUUAGAUUUUGAAGCUCAAAUGAUGUACACACUUAACGUAACUGCUAGUGAUGGUGGUACUCCAAGUCUGUCUACCAAUGCCAUAGUAAUUAUCAGUAUAGAUCCAGUCAAUGACAACCCCCCUCAGUGUGAGCCUCUCCAACGACUUGCUAUGGUACCAGAAAAUGAGAUUCUAGAUGCCAACUUCUUUUAUAUCGAGGUUUUGGAUGCUGACCUUGGAGCAGACCACAGUGUGCUGAACUUCAUCCUUGUGGAACCGAGUGAUGAGUUUGGUGUUCGUAACGUUGACGACAUGACAGGGGCACUUUACACGAAAAUUUACAACUUUGACCGACUAAAUGUUCCUAGUUACAACGUUACCGUCAUGGUAUCAGAUGUGGAUGGACAGAACUGUUCGGUUUCAAUUGAAAUCGUUGUGGCUGAGCCCUCUAGAUUCUUGUUUGAAAUUGCUCCUUCUAGCAAUGGCUUCUUUUCCAGUCCUGUGAGACCAAGACCUGAAAAAGAUGGCUUCUACAGAGAAGUGUCAUUCUUCAGAAACUCUUACCCUCAAACGAACGUGAGUGCUUCUAAUUUGCGUUACUCUGCAAGUGCCCUAAGAUCCUCGCAGCCAAUUGCAAGAAUUGAUGGAAUUAUUCGUGAGGAUCAAGUAUGGUUCGACAAACCGAUUGUUAGCGUGGCUGCUCAAGUUAGAGACGAGUCCCUGGGUCCUUAUGUUGACUACUCCCUUGUCCACCUGGAGAUUAAUCCAACUGGUAUGUCAAGUCCCAUAUUUGUUGGAUCUAGCUGUCGUGGUGAUCCUAGGUCCUGGACUGGUAUUUGUCUAGCUGAAGUUGAAGUGCCAUCGUCUUGGUUUGACAAGUACACUACAGUGAACGUUGUGAUCGUAGGAGGAGAUAUAAGAGAAGAAUUGGGCUCAGUAACCCUCCGUAAACUUUCCCUCCCUGCCAAUAUUAACGAAAACUUAGUAGUAGAGCUUCCUUCUUACUCUCUUUAUGCAGGACAAGAAUUUGACAUAUGGAUUAGUGCACCAAGUCACCUCUAUGUACAAGCCCUGCAAUUUGAACUGUCUCUUCCAAAUGGCCUCUCCUCUGCCGGUAAUGUUGAUAAUGACCCUAACUGGAGAUGCUCAAAUGUGACUGCCAACAGCAAUUUGAGAUAUGCUUGCAUCAGAGUUGACAACCAAGAGGAAAUUCUUUCACUUCUGGGAACAAAUCUAUUUUUCUCUAUUCCAGUCGCAAUUGCAGACGGUAUCGCUGUGGCAAACAAUAUGGUUAGUGUGACUACUUUGUCCCUGGUAACCGAAUUUGGCUCGACUAUAAGUAGGGCAUAUCCAGCUCAGAUGUACAGUAUGGAUGGUCUGACUACAACAGGCUCUGCAAGUCUCAAUCUUGUUGAAACUCAAGCAAGAGGCAUAUUUGCAGCUGUACCAACACCCGAGAUAAUCAAUACCACUCCUCUGAAUGGUGAUUUUAAGACUACAGAUGUAUCCAGCUUUAUCAUCUACAACAGAGCUAACGUAGACACUGAAUUUGGUGAAGAAAACACUGAUAACAUCAACUGUGCAAUUGUCGAUUCUACCACACUAGUUUUGAAUGGUAAUGGUUGUCAAGUGCGUACACAACUUGAACGUGUUACAUGUACGGGAGAUUUUAAUGUUUCAGUGACCCAUGAUCCUAUGGGCUAUGUGUUUCAGAUGCCAAUGAGAGCAUGGUGUGUCGAUGCUAUGUCACUAGAAUUGUCUGCAACAGACACGGAAUUGAAUCUAGUUGCUCCAAAUCCAGAUUGUACUGAUUUCUAUCAAGAGGCGAAACUCAGUCUGUAUGGAUACUUUGUCAAUGGAGAUCAACAAGGCCCUCUGGUGAACAUCGCUGAUGUGCCGUUUGUAUCAAGUAAUGCUACUGUAGCAGAGAUUAACCUCAACACAGUUAGAGGAAUAUCUCCAGGAGAUGUCACUGUUUCUUUGCAAUUCUUCCCCGAAGUCUCCCAGGCAUUCACUGUUACAAAUGAGGUAGUGAAUGUUUAUCGUCUCUUCCCUACCGUAUUUUCAUCAAUAGACGUUGAGAUUGAACCUUCGAGUUUUACUGUAAAUAGCACCCUUGUCGUUUCGGCUAUAAUCAACCAGAACUUUGAUGGGAUCAACAUUAUAGGAGACUACACUUCAUUUGUAUACUUCACUGAUGGAGCAAGAUAUGAUGUUCCGAGUGAUAUGAUAACCAUAGGCACGACAGACUCACAAGUAAUCAGCACAUCUCUCGCCACCAUUGGUGCUGGUGAAAGCAUGCUCUUCUUCUCUUGGACGCCCCAAGGCUGUACCACUCCGCAGUCUACUGCAGAGGUCCCUGUGAGGGUCUCCGUACCCCAACCACAACAGCUUAUUGUGCAACUUUAUGACAAUGUAAUUUCUGGAAGUACACGUGGUGUCAUUCUUCCUGAGACUCCUUCUAACGCCUCUGUUAGUGUGACCGUGAUGCUUGAUGAUGGAAGUGUGAUCAUACCCAACUCUUUCACAUACACAGCAUCCGAUAAUCUGAUUGUGAGCAAUACUAAUGAUGGGCUGGCUGUUAUAGCAAAUACAACAUUCACUAGUGCCAAUGGAACUGUUACUAUCAUGUUCGGAGAUUUUGUUGAAUCUAUAGUGAUUGAAGUUUUGGAUGUUAUUGGUAUCCAGUCUGGACUUCAAUCAUUCCCUGACCCACUUUCCAGCCCUGCUAACUCCAUUUCUCUCUCACGAGUUGCUAACACCAACGUUCAGCAACAAGCCAUGAUUGUAACCAAAGCUAUCCUUUCAAACAGUGAGAGAGAGUUGCUCACUAACGUGGAGUACAAGAUUGGCACUGGUGGAGUCGCAGUAUCACCUGAGGGUGUUGUAACUCCUACAGGUGUAUCAGGCAGUGCUGUUAUUGAAGUAACUGCAGGGGAAUUCACGGUUGAUGACCAGCUGACUGUCGUUCUACUGGAUAACUCUCAAUCUGUCAUAAACAUUCAAACGCUUGAAUUGCAAGAGUUGUCGGCAACACAAAGAAGAGUUAUCGCUAACCUUGCAUUUGCCGAUAACACCCUUAUUAAUGAUGUCAUAGAUUUCAAUAGUUCACUAUCAUCUCUAUUGUCCUUUGAAGUGAUUCCACCUCAUGUGGCCACAUUCAACAGUGCCAGCUGGAUUCUCGAGAUUAUUGAUAAUCACUAUGACGUUGUCACCCUCAUUGCAUCUACCGAGUCCUUGGUCAGCACCCUCAACUUUACGGCCAAUCUAGAGCCUGCCCUGGGGGAGAUUGACCUCGGGCAGACUGACGGCAUCCCACAACCACCAAUAUCUUCUGGAGAGGAAUUCACAGUCGAUGUCCGUGCCAACACAGGCGGUAAAAACAUUGGGGCUCUCGAAGUGAAUGUGAAUUAUGAUAACAAAGUUCUCGAGUUAGUCUCCAUUGAGGAUGCCGUGUGUGCCACCAUGAUUGAAAGGACGAACUCGCCACCUGGGGAAGCCCUCUUUGCCUUCCUUGUAACUGGAGAGAUCACUGAGGACGUGCCAACAAUUGCUCGCCUGGUUUUUAGAUCUACUGGUGCUUCUGGUGUGACCUCUGUGGUAACCAAUGCAACCGUGCUUGCUGACAAUUCUCUUGCCCCCUUCUCUUCGGAUGCUAUGAGCGUCUCUCGACUUGAUGUGCUCGUGGGCUCAGGUAUUGGUGAUACCAGAUCCAUUCAGGCAAGAAUAUCAUCACCCCCUACGUUUAUCGAUCUGGUAGAUGUUAACGGAGAUGGAAUGUUCAAUAUUCUGGACUCAGCGACUAUCCUAAGAAGAGUUGAAAGCCUCGGACCAUAUUCUGGCAUAGAAGAUGCCAACAAAGACCUCUCAACUACUUUUGCUGAUGCUCUCUUCCUGAGUCGAGUGUCUACUGGCCUGCUUCCAUUCUUGAAUUAUUCCAAACUGCGGAUGCCAAGUCCAGACACAAACUGCACGCUUGAAAUAGAGCUCAACCUGCUGUUCAAUGACAACGGACCAUCGAGAGACAAUACGUUUGUCUUUGUGAUACUCUCCUAUCCCAAUGCAAGUGACUUGAUUGCUCUUAGCCGUUCAGAGCUGGGUGGUUCUGGUGUGAUCUUGGAUUCCACUAGCGUCAUGUUCGAAGCAAAUCUUCAAUCACCAGAGAGUUCCAAUUUUUUCCUAAGACUAUUCACUCCUCUUGGAGAUCAGUUCACAAAUGUGGGAGCAACCUACUUGGUGGUCUCAACUGACAAUUCUGGUCAAACUUCACCUGAGCGCUUUGUCUCUUUCACCAGAAGUAAUGACGUGUUCAUCACCAGUGAAAUGCUGCGACCUCCUCAACUGAGUGAUAUCAGUGUAGUAUCUCAAAGAGACCCCAAUGUUGUUCUAGAUGAUGUGUCAAUUGGUAUGCGUGGCGGUUUCCAUCCAUUCAAUGCUUUCACCAAUACUCGCAGAUCUGACUAUUGUAGUUUUGACGGUACAGUAUUCAAGGUGUCUGUACUAGAACGUGCACCUAUGGGACAAAUGAUCGGAGAUAUUAUCACUGUGUCAGUAGAUCUAGUUGCAUCAGGUUUCCCUACUGGUAAUGAAACGUAUUCAAUUAUUAGUGAAGAAGUGCCUUUUGCUCUUGAUCCUACUAGUGGAAGUCUCGCAGUAAGUGGUGAUUUAGACUUUGAGACACGCAAUGAGUACAUUAUACUCAUUCAAGGAAGCGCUGGAGAUAUUCCAUUUGGCAAUGCAACAAUUAUCAUCACUGUUGUUGAUGUGAAUGAUUUCCCACCAAUGUUUACUAAUUUGGACUUUAUUGUGAGCAUCUCCGAAGACAGACCACCAAGUGAUGUCUUAGCGAUAUUCAAUGCAACUGCUACUGAUGAAGAUUCCGGAAGAAAUGGUGAAUUUUUCUUCUCUCUGAAAGAUCCUCCACCACAGUUUAUAAUCAACAAUGUGACUGGAUCUGUGUAUCAAAUUGGAGUCCUUGAUCGAGAGGUUCUGCCAUCCUACAAUCUAACAUUGACUGUGACUGAUUUCGGAAAGCCAAAUGUCUUCUCCAAUAUUUUAUAUCUAGAGAUUGAUAUACUAGACAUCAAUGACAAUGCUCCAAUGUUUAUUGAUGCUCCGUACACCUUCUUUAUACCUGAAAAUUUCUAUAUCAAUAGAACAGAAACAUUCACUGAGAGUGUAACUGCUGUGGUUGAUCUCGAUGCUGGUGCUAAUGGAGCAGUCACCUUAACACUCAUACCUUUGGAUGCAGAUUCUCCUUUCCAAUUAAAUGGAACCGGUUAUAUACAAGUCACUGGUGAACUGGACAGAGAGGUCAAGGACAGAUACGAGUUUUUGAUCAAUGCAUCUGAUAGCGGAAUUCCUCCUCUCGUUACCAGUACUACCCUUACCAUAAUCGUAGCUGACAUUAACGACAAUGCUCCCUUCUUUCUGCCUGGCAAUGAUAUCAUGAUCAGUGUGGAAGAAGACAUACAGCUGGGCACUGUCAUCUCUACAUUCACAGCUAUAGACAAUGACACUGGGGACAACUCAGCUAUAACGUACAGUCUGCAAAACCCAAAUGUCCCAUUCUCUAUUGAUCCAAGCACUGGCGAGCUUUCCAUAAACGGCACUCUUAAUGUAGGCACUGUGAACAACUACACACUUGAAGUGAUUGCGUCUGAUGCUGGUGUUUCACCUGAAUCAACUUCUCACACUCUGUUUGUGAGCAUCAUCGAAGGACAAAUUGUUGAUUUGAAUUUAGGAGAGGACGGAUUCACUUUCGGUUCACGUGUAAGAUCAUCGACUAAAAGCUACACGCAGAGGGUAGGAUAUCUAUUCAGCCAGGAAAUUGGCAGCCCUGUGUCAGCUAGUGCAAAACUCAACACAGCCGCCACUGGAACAGUGGACCAGCUACUCAUUCCAAAUCAAGGAAAUAUCGCCGAAAAAUUCAUCGGCUCUGUGCUCAAUUCCGAAGUCAAGUACAGCUUGAAAACUGUAACAGUCUUCAUGCAAGCACUUGAUACUAGAGACACCAUUGCUAGGCCUACUGUGAUGAGAGCUAGGGUUACAGCCUCGGAAAGUUUGAGAGGACAAGGAGGUCCCUCCGUUGUCGAGGCUACUUGUACCACUUCGGAGGAGCUUGGAUUUUGUAUUGCACAAGCUGUGCUUCCUGACGAAUGGUUUGCACGAAGUGAGACAAACAUUGCCAGUGACAACGUUAAUGUUUGGAUAAACUUUGACUCCGACACGUCUUCUGGUACUUCCAUUGGAGAGCUGGUGGUUGAACAUUCUCCGGUGUAUGCCAUUGAUUUAACAUCUGCCAUCAUAGAGCCCAUUGCCCCCUCACAUGAUAUCCUGCCCGGUAAGAACUUCACCAUUGAAGUGUUUGUGGUGUCUCCUCUGGACAGAGAGUACGAUAGCGUAGAGGCGCGCAUUGUGUGGGAUAUCGAUGAACAACUAAUUGAUCUGGUGGAUAUCAGCUUCGACACUGACCUCUGGAGUUGUGGUGUUAUUCAAAGAAGGCUGAUUUGCAAUGUCGUUGCAAUAUCUGAGGCCCGCCCACUCAAACUGGCUGACCUCCUGUUCUCCACCCGGGACACUCAUACUCAAACCCAGACAAACAUUGAGCUAGAAAACAUUGUUCUAAGCCCCAGUCUGAGUCUCUCGUCAACUGUGAAGAGAGUCUCUGUCCAGUUCGCUCAAGUACAGGACGUCUUCUACUUUGCCGUUGCUCAACAACCGGACAUUGUCAAUGUUGCAGAUCUCAAUGGUGCUACUACCACUCGUAGCAUCAGCUUGCAGUCGAUUAGUAACCGCAUCACCAUGGCAACACCGGAAGUAUUCCCCACCCUGGAGCAGAGCUCUCCCAUUCCAUCACCACUGAGCGUGGGCAUUACUUGUCAAGCUUCUGAUUCCACUGUUGGCAUCUCAAGUGAUUGUUCAAGAGUGUCCGUGGACACAAAUGUCCCCAGCAGCCUAGGAACGGUGACCAUCACGUACAGCACAUCUCAACUCAUUCCAGUUCACAGCGAAGCUAACAUGGCCGUCCUCUACAUCUGGUCCCCCACUGACUUUACCCUCUCUCUCUCUGAUGAUACUCUCUCUCGGGUGAAUGGAUGGAGGGACGUGUCAUGUGACACUACUACUCCGUUUGUCUACCAGACUGCAAGGGUUCUGGCCACCGCUCUGUUCACAUCUGGCAAUGACAACUUCACAGCUAAUGUUGUGGACAUCAUCAUCAAUAAUCUUGGUUCUUCCGACAGUAUCGAGGUACUACCCGAUCAGCGUGCAGUUCGAGGACUCACACCAGGCAGUGGACUCCUCAGUCUAAUUGGACUAGCUCAUCCGUUUGACCCAACCACUUCACUCACUGUUUUAGAUGAGGAGGUAGCCAUCAUGAAGCUCGAUCCGAUAGUGGGUGCCCUGAGAAUGAGCCUGACUUCAGAGCCAUCUGAAGACCGUCUUGGAACUACCGAGGUCUCGGUUCAAGUCCUCUCUGUGCUGUCCUACUCUCAGGAGCGGGCUGAAGUGACAGCCUCCGUGGUGCUGGGAGACGGACGAAGAGUGGUUAUUGCAGAUCCAUCGCUCCUCCAAAUCCAGUCCUCCAACGAAUCCAUUGUGAGGGUAGAGAACAACUACAUUGUAGCCAACGAGGCUGGAAAUGUGUAUCUCAACGUAUCUUUUAUUGUGUGCGGUCGACAGUUGGCCACCAGCAUUAUUGAAGUGACCGUUCAGUUCGAUCAACACCGGCCCAUGUUCCCCAUGGAUGUAUUGGAGGCUUCAAUUAUUGAGAACUCUGUUGUUGGCAGUGUGGUUACUUCUGUGUUAGCUAUGGAUGAUGACUUUGCUGUCGGAGAACAAGCAGACACGGAGUAUCGCAUCAAAGAUGAUCCGUUUGACGGCCUUUGGGUUAUCGACACUCUCACUGGCGAGAUAGCUUUGAAUGGCCCAAUCGAUCGAGAGGACAGGGAUCAGUAUGAGCUGGUUGUCGAGGCAACUGAUAGACUUCAGCGCCAAGCUGAGGUUUCAAGCAGGCCGAACUCAGGCACUGUGUGUGUGGGCGGAUCUGGUAGUGGAAGUGGAGGCGGUACGGUGGGAAGUGGAGGCUGUGAUGGAGAGUUGGUGCCUGAUCCAGACCAAAUACAAGACCCCGAAACUGUCGUUUUAGCUACUCCUCCUGACUCAAUUAAUGUGGUGAUUACAAUCGGUGAUGCCAAUGAUGAGAUUCCAGUGUGCCCAGUAGUAGCAGCAGCGAUCCCACUGGACCAGAGCGUGGCCAUUGGAACAUCUGUGUUUCAACUGGUAGUCGACGAUGCAGACAUUGGAGUGAAUGCAGAAGUAGAGUUUAUCAGUGUGCUGAAUGAAAACAGCAUAUUUGAAGUUGACUCUUCUACUGGAGAUAUCAGGACGAUUGUCAACCUUGAAGGUCUGGAGGUUGCCACACCACUGAGACCGAGUGUCCGUGUUAGCGAUCGUGGUGAUUCCCCUAACAGUGUCACUUGUGAAGUGUCCAUCCGUCUCUUUAAUAUGGCUACAACAGUCGAUGUCUAUCUUGUUGGAACGACUACUAACUUCAAACCUGAUGUAUUUGGAGAACUUCUUAGCAGCAUACUUGAAGAUCUGGAUAUAGUGAUCACAGAAUUUGGCCAGCUAAACUCCACUCAUUACUUUGUCAGGAUUUUAGGUGAAUCUGAAGAUACGCCUGUCGAAGCUUCAGAUCUAGCCUUCCGUAUUGCUAGUUUGCCUCAGGCUUCCCUCAACAGAUUGAGUAGUGCAGGGUUUGACAUCAGAGCAAUCAUUAGUAACGCUCCAACUGAGUCUCCGACUAACUUUGUCCCCAAUCGACUGAUCCCCAUAUGGGCAGUGGCAGUCAUUGUGGUGGUCAACUCUGUCAUCAUUAUCACUACACUCUUGCUCAUCGUGUGCAUUCUCUGGAGGAAGUACUGCAGGGUUCGCCAAAAAGACAACCAAAGACGACUGAAUAAGCAGACUGGACUAAGAGAUCUUGAAUCAGUCGCCGACUCCCAGGAGGAGGGGGAACGUGUGGAAAUGGGAGGCAUUGUGGACCCAGACAAAGGAGCCCUCAUCUAUCGCAAGACCACUCAGGUAGAGACUGUGGAAGCGGAUAAAGACAGCGAAUUUACAACGAAGAAAAUAAAAAAGGUCACGAGUGAGACGAGCUGGCUGGGACAAAAACAAAAGGGCAAAUCGGACAGAGAGUCGUUGAUACAGAACCAAGAAAGCCAGCAAUGGCAGGAAGACGAGAUCGAAGCAAACCCUCUCUAUUCCUCAAGUGAUUACGUAACAGACUUCCGAAAUCCGCUCUAUUCUAAUCGUCUUUCGACUGCAGAAGGAGCAGCCAUAGCUGCAUCAGAGUCCUUUGAGCACACCGACCAUGAGCCACUAGUAGGAAGGGCCUCCCGUGGCAGACCAGGCUCUAGCGACAAGGGGCAAGAAUAUGUUGACUACUUGUCGGCACAACCCGGCCUGGAUAGCAAUACUGCUGAUACUCUUUUUUAGAUAUGUAUAUAAGUCAUGUAGAACAAGUGAACAAAGCAUAGACUCAAAUUGUGUGUACGUAUAUACAAGAAACUUUAUUUAUAGUGUAUAUAAUUUAUUAUAGCAAAGAGCACACAUUUAAUAUAGGUAGGUGCAGUUUUACCAACAUUUUUUUUGUAGCUGAGUUUGAAAUAAUUAUUUCUAAGAAAAA